AUGCCCUCGGUGUAUAGCUCUUCAAAUGGCGAUUACCCGAGCGCAAGCGCGACCACGACCUCUGUAGACUCACAAGUCUGGAGCUCCGUCGCAACACCUACAAGCACCGGCUACGUCUUCGAGACCAGCCGACAAAACAACGUCGCUGUAUACUAUGGCCAGACGCCGAACACAAAGACUGGUGACCUCAUGGAACUCUGUCAAAGCAGCAACGUCGACAUUGUAGUCCUAGCCUUUGUCACAUCCUUCUUCACAAAUGAAGGCUUCCCGUCUGCCAACUUCGGUCCUGCUUGCCAAGGCAGUACCGCCGCUCAACAGCUUCAUGCUCCCGGACUGCAAAACUGCACCGACCUCGCUCCAGAGAUCGUAAGCUGCCAACAACUAGGCAAGCCCGUACUGGUAUCUUUGGGCGGCUACUACUCCAAUGUGACUUUCACUUCCGACAACGAAGCCAUCCAACUAGCUCAGAAUCUUUGGGAUUUGUUUGGCGCAGGGAAUGGCUUGGACGCUUCGUUACGUCCUUUUGGUUCCAUUGUAAUUGAUGGCUUCGACCUCGACAACGAAUCCAAAGAUCCCACCUCUUACACCACUUUCGCUCACGCUCUGCGUACACUAUUCGCAUCCGACACUAGCAAGAAGUAUUAUCUAAGUGCUGCGCCCCAGUGUCCUCGCCCUGACGCAUCCAUCCCUGUUCCAACCAUGGCACUCUGCGAUUUCGUCUUUGUCCAAUUCUACAACAAUCCCUCUUGCGACCUUUCCUCUGACGGAUUUGCGACCUCAUUUGCGAAUUGGAGUGAUGAUUUGUUCGCUGUCAACAAUGAGACCAAAAUCUUUGUCGGUGCUGGGGCGAGCGCAAGUGCGGGAAGUGGAUAUGUUGAGGGUGAUGCGUUGGGUCAUCAGAUUAGUCUCGCAAGAGAACUGUAUACGACUAAUCUUGGAGGGAUCAUGUUGUGGGAUGGUGUGCAGGGGUCGGCUAAUGUGGAUGAAUAUGGGAAUGAUUAUUUGUUUUAUGCCAAGGAGAGUUUGGAGUAG